CCGCUACAAAACCGCGUUUAAGACGCGAUAUGGGCAUUUCGAAUGGCUGGUUAUGCCAUUUGGCCUUACGAAUGCCCCGACCACUUUCCAAGCGGCUAUGACAACGGAGUUCCGACACAUGCUGGAUCGAUUCGUACUUAUCUACCUCGACGACAUCUUGGUGUACAGCCGGAGUUUGGACGAGCAUGUGGAACACCUGCGCACCGUUUUGGAGCGGCUACGACAAGCCAAGUACAAAGCUAACCGCGACACAUUCGAAUUCGUGCGGCAGGAGCUGGAGUACUUGGGACAUUAUGUGACGCCGCAAGGCAUCCGUCCGCUUGCGGACAAGAUCGAGGCCCUUCGCGUAUGGCGCGAGCCCACCAACACCACGGACGUUCGUUCAUUCAUGGGGUUGGCGGGUUACUAUCAACGAUUCAUCACCGGGUACUCAAGGAUUGCUGCACCUAUGACGAGAUUACAAUCGCCAAAGGUUCCAUUCGUAUUGGAUGACGAUGCACGCCGGUCAUUCCAAGCACUUAAGACGGCCAUGCUCAUGGCAACCGUCCUUAGCAUCUAUGACCCCACCCUGCCUACGAGAGUGACAACUGACGCUUCCGGCUAUGGCAUUGGGGCAGUCUUGGAACAACACGACAGCAACGACUGGCACCCUGUAGAGUAUUUCAGCCACAAAAUGCCUCCCAUCAAUUCACUUGAUGAUGCAAGGAAGAAGGAGCUGCUCGCGUUCGUGAUGGCUCUCAAGCGAUGGCGGCACUUCCUCCUUGGGCGUCGUAGGUUCACAUGGGUCAUGGACAACAACCUAUUGACCUACUAUAAGACGCAGGAUACGGUGAGCAGCACGAUCGGAAGAUGGAUGUACUUCAUCGACCAAUUUGACUUCACACGGAAACAUCUUCCCGGCCUCUCCAAUCGCGCAGCAGAUGCACUCUCUAGAAGACCUGAUCUUUGCGCUGUGACGCAUCAUGCUUUCGCAUUUGACGAGGAACUCCAGCGGCACUUCAUCCGGGGCUACGAGUCUGAUCCGGACUUCGCCACGUUGUAUGCGCAUGUAUCUUCGGAUCACCCGCCGGCCAGCCACUAUCGCAUUGCCGACGGGUACUUGCUCCUCCACUCGAGAGGCAAGGACUUAUUGUGUGUCCCACGAGACCGUCGUCUUCGGACUCGCCUUCUCGGGGAGUACCAUGACUCGCCACUCGCCGGCCAUUUCGGAGUCAACGACACUAUUGCACGGCUUCGACAACGAUUCCGAUGGCCAGACCUCAUUAUCGAUGUCACUCGGUAUUGCGACUCUUGCGAAGUUUGUUGACGAAGCAAGCCCCGCAAUCGCAACCCCUACGGC